CUUUUGUGCGCGUCUUCCAUUCACCUAGCCUUUUGGCACCUUUCGUUUGGGCCGUUAGUAGGCACUCUCCUUAUUAUACAAGCGUCAUCCUGUCCCCAUUGUCAAACGCAUCGCGCGUACCUUUUGCGCUUCGCCCCGUUCGCGAUGUCUUUCACGGACGACGCCCUUAAGGCGAAGCUGUCAGCUCUCAACGAGACCCAGGAGGGCAUCGUCACUGUCUCCCAAUGGGUUAUUUUUCAUAGACGAUAUGCUGAGCGAAUUGCGCAGCUUUGGCUGCAAAAGCUCCGCGAUUCCCCAGCGCCGAAGCGACUUAAUCUGAUAUACCUUGCCAAUGAGGUCACACAGCAGUCAAAAGCCAGGCGCAAAGAGGACUUCGUCAAUGCCUUUUCACCCAUAAUUGCCGAAGCUAUGACGAUUGCAUAUAAGGGUUCAUCGAACGAAAUCCAGCAGAAGCUUCGACGAGUCGUAGAGGUGUGGAGACAACGUUCGAUAUUUGAGCUUCCGAUUCAGGAAGCCGUAGAAGCCCGUGUGGACGAAAUUGACAGGUCCCGCUCCACAGGAAAGAAGCCAUUAGGGGGUUCCUUUUUUGCAAGCUCAUCAGGUCCUGCAACUCCCGCUGAACUUCAACCCCUUGUUCCUCUGCAGGUAGCACUAUCCAAGUCUGUUAUGACUGCCGGUGCGUCUGCUACGACGGCAAAUGCAGAGUACGAUAAAAUGCACGACCCUAAUUACCCCCAACCUACACCUCCGGUUUUAGCGGCGCGGCUAAGCCAGUUAUUAAAGACACUGGCCAAUGCUGAGAGUUCAGUAUCGGAGAGUAUCAAGUCACGGCAUGCCCUUAUUGAAGAACUCGAGAAGCUCCUUGAAGCAAACCGUUCAGCACUAUCGAAGGAGCAUUCUACUGUUGCACGAUUGUCGGAGAGGAAAGCAGAAACCGAGGCUAAAAAACGCGAAGUUGAGGAUGCAAUCAUGAAAGGCCUCUCUGCGGAGAAUUUUGGCGAUAAUCACCUUAAUGAAUCUGGGAAGGAAGCAGAUCCUGUUCCACGUCCGGCUGUUGAAGGGCUCACUCCUCCACCCGUUGAGGCUAUUACCCCCGUGGGCUCCCCUAAACCAGAAGCCCAGGAUCUUAACACCUCUGCCUUUGCACAUGAUUCCCACAGACUGGAUGCUGGUAAUAGCUUUGGCCUCCCUGGUUUUGGACAGGCAGGGAACUUUGCUCUUCCUGGAACUAACCUGUCCACUCUUGCUGCCUCUCUGAGCAACCCUCAGUUUAACAGCACUAACGGCACCGGCUCUAAAAAGCGCAAAGUGAGCCAUGAAGAGGAGGACUAUGCUAAGUUUGCAGGCGGAGAUUUGGAUGCUGACGUAGCAGAAUUGCUGGCACAGGAAGGAAGCCAGAAGUGAUUAACAUAAUUCUUUAGUUCUUACUCUAAAUAUUGUACUCCGUACUGGAACUACUGAUGGUUUCAAGCCUCUGAUUUCUGAGUUUCUUCAUUGGCUUUUGCUCCUUUGCGUAUAAUACCAGAUAUAUCUUUCUUUGACCGAGCCCAUCUAUCUUGUCUUUCGCACUCUUGAUUGGACUACCAAAAUGCAAAGUGCUGCCAAUUUUAGUUUCAGGUAUAUAGCCGACUUUCCUCCUUAGCAGGCCUUUCAACCAAAUAGUAGCAAUGAAAUUGAUCCGUGGCAUUUGAU